AUGAUCGACGACGUGCUUGCCUGUUUCAUCGCAGGGAACACAUUUACCUGGGAUGACUGGUUCCGCCUCGAAACGAUGGACGACUCAUUCCAGCCUACCAUCGAUAUGCUCUUGAACGUAUCCAUCUUCAUCUGGUUCGGCGCUGUCUGCCCGUGGCGCCUCUUCGCACACUCGCCCGUCAUUCCCAUCUAUCGGCUCAUUCCCUUGGGUAUACUCGUACUGCUGUUCCGCCGUCUGCCCAUCAUCUUCGCUAUGCACAAACAGAUUCAUCAGAUUGAGCAAAAGCGACAAGCACUCUUCGUGGGCUUCUUCGGUCCCAUCGGUGUGAGCGCCAUUUUCUACCUCUACAUCAGUCUCGAGUUUCUCGCCAAGAUUCAAGUCGAUGGCGAAGUCAGGGAAGAUGCUGCAUACCUGAUGGAAGUCAUGAACGUGGUUAUUUGGUUCUUGGUAAUCUGCUCAGUUGUAAGUACACUCGUCUUCCGUAAUCUGAGAACCUUGUUUUCUAAUGUCAACCAGGUCGUUCACGGUCUGUCCAUUCCUCUCGGAAAAGUCGGCUUCUUCAUCCCUCGCACCCUCAGCACAGCUUUGUCCUUUGCCCGCACAGGCUCUAACUCCCCCGAGGACACCGGUCCAGCUUUCCACAUCGAGGGAAAUGACCAGACCAUCACCGAUGCCGAAGCGCGUGUUCGCCGCCGUCCAGGCUGGUCGCGCAACGGUGGCGACUCGCUGCCAAACCGCGUCGUGCGCAUCGGCAGGUCUAUAAUCAGUUCGGGGACUAGCUCGGCGAGUACAUCAAGGGCUACAUCAAGGGCACCUAGCACGAGCCGCUCAGCUAGUCAGCCACCAGUACCGAUGGCCAGUGUCAACGCCUUGGUCUCGGACGGGGAGGGUGCGGCGCCCAAAGGAGGUGUGAAGGCUGGUGGUGAGAAUGGCGAGGCGCCAGACCCGGCUGAGAGAGUCAUUCCUGGAAGGACGAUUCGCUUCCAUGAUGAGCAAAACAAGACCAAGGUUGGAGAUGAAGAGUAG